AUGCACUCUAAUAUUCAAACAAUAGCGAGCGGCCUCGUUGCCAUCCUGGCGACAGGUGCUCUCGGCAAAGAGCCUUGCGCUGAGAUCACUGAGCUUUCCCAGCAGAAUUCCGGUAGCGGAUCUCCUACACUAGUCUCGCCCCAGCUUGCCGCCGAAUGCUUGAUGUCGAUGCCAUUCGAGUCCGACAAGGCUGUUGCCUUUAUCGACGAAUUUGCGAAAUAUCUUGAAUUCCAAUCAGACUUGGAACUCUUGGCCAAGCCACCCGCCUCGUACCUGUCGAGUCGGGUCAACCUUCGAGCUGGUAUUCAAGGAAUUAGAGGCGCUGCGACUGAGAGCUUCUACUCAAGUCAAUACGAGUUUGACGCGGACAUCUUAGACCUUCUCAACUUAGCAAAUGAUGGGCAUCUGGGUGUUAAGCUAUGCUCUUUGAAAGCUUUCACAUUUGAGGCACCGCAUUCGGUCCUCGCGUCCAUUUCCACGGACGGAGUCACUUCUCCCCAACUCUAUCUUCUACAGGAUGCCUUGCUCCUUGCUACUGGAGUCGAGAAUGUCUCCCCGGUUGCGUACAUUAACGGCGUCGGGGCCGUGGCAGCACUCGAAUCGAUGUCUUGGUCCCAGAACUUCCAAGAUCCCGAUGCCCGUUUUAACCAGAUGGUCAGAAACCUUCCUGUUGACGGCUCAGGUGCCAAUGUCAGCUCAAUGUUCACACUCGACAACGUAUGGCGGGCAGUUGACAGCUACAGCUUGACAUUCGCCAACCGGACUACUGCUUCCUACGAUGUGGUCGCGGUAGUCGCUGAUGGGUUCAAUUUUACUUCGGGUUCUAAGCUCUACGAAGGGCUGUGCGGCACAGCAGUAGCAGCAGCAGCAGCAGCAACCCAGGCACCGGAAAAACAGUCUCCAUCUCCUACUACUACCCCAUCCCCGUCCUCAUCAGUAGUGGUCACCCCGAGCAGCACGUUCACACCACCACCAAAGUCGUACCCAGUCCCGGUCAUGCGAGAAGAGCACAAUCUUGUGGUCGGCUACUACCCAGAGGAGCCUGGUCUUGAGGACGUUGCCGUGCUAGGAGUUCCAACCUUUGAGACAGAGUCUGACACCAUGGUCCGGUUUGCUGAGCUCGCCAACUACUUUGUCGGCAACGCAACCAAGGACGGCAAGACAAAGAUCAUCAUUGAUGUUCAGAAUAAUGGGGGCGGCUCUGUCGAUUCUGGCUUUGCCUUGUUCAGCAUUUUCUUCCCUAAUGAGACCCUCUACUCAGCAACGCGCUUCCGUGCUCACGAUGCUAUGAACUUUAUGGGCACCAUUUUCAACGCUGGCAACAACUCCGACAAUGCCACGAUUGAGGCCAGCGGUCUGACUGCCAACAGCCAGAUCAAGCCCGAUCAGAAAUCCAACUUCAAAGACUGGACAGAACUGUUUGGCCCGUACAAAGCCGGUGGCAUUCCCUCAUCUGCCAUCGUGGCCGAGUUUAAUUUUGCCGACGAAGCCAACCCGAUCUACAACCCAAUCAACACCGAUGGUCUCGGCGGUGACUUGGACGCGACGACGCCUCCUUUUGCUCCGGAAAAUAUUAUCGUUCUUACCGACGGCCGCUGCUCCUCCACCUGCACCAUCUUCACUGACCACAUGGUUUCCAAGGGUGCCAACACGGUGGCACUGGGUGGCCGACCCCGACCGGGCCCCAUGCAGGCCAUCGGUGGAAUCAAAGGCUCCCAGGUUCUCGAACUGGAUCAAAUUUCUACGUACUCUUCUAUUGCUUUCAACUACUUGAACCAGUCCAUUGCUGCCGGCAAACCUAUCCUGAGCGAGGCAGACAUCACUCGCUUCGCCGAAGUGAUGCCCAUCCCUCUGGAAGACUUUCCUCUGCGAUUUGCCGGUGGCUCGAUCAACUACCGAAACACAUACACAAAGGACAAUGACCAAAUUCCAACACAGUUUAUCUACGAGGCAGCCACUUGCCAUCUUUUCUAUACCGUCGAGACUGUGGUUUCUCCUGCGGCUUCGUGGGCACUGGCAGCAAAUGCCAUCUGGGGAUAUGGAUCAUGUGUUGGAGGUGUUCAACUUGAUACCAGUAUUGGUACCCAGAGCUCGGACGAUUCUACCGGCAGUGUUGACAGCGACAGCGACAGCGUCUCGUCUCCUGGAACACACAAGGCGCUCGGUCUGUUGCUGGCGCUUGGAUCAGGAUUGACCUAG